AUGUCGACCAGUUCGCGGUCUUCGGCGGCGAAGCACGCGGACACGGUACUGCCAUCGUGGCGCAACUUUAGCUUCUUUGACGCACGGCCGUCGCCCAGCUCGAGUGCAGAGCAGCGGCCCUUGCCGCCGUCUUUGCCGACGCAAGACAUUGUCGAUGUCGUCUACGUUGCCCCUGAUGCCGAAGGGUGGUCGGGACCGCGCGGUGCACUUGUCAUUGGCCUGCGCAGCGCCGAGAUUCGCGUCGUGGAUGCGCAUACGUAUGCAGAGAUUGCCUCGUGGAAGGCACACGACGAGAGGCAUGCGGCACUGCAAGCCGUCCAAGUCGCCCCGGGUGCGCAUGCCGUGGUGUCGGUAGGAACGGAUGCCACGCACAAGCAUCCCCAGCUGCGUGUAUGGCGCAUGGAGGCGCACGAUACCGAGACGCGCGCGGCACCUACACUGCUCGUCCAGACGCGCCUGCAGCACGGACCGCAUCCGUCGCGUGUGAAUGCAUUGGCCGUGCAAGCCGAACUCGCCUUGGUCGCAGCCGGCUUUGAGGACGGCAAGGUCCUGCUCAUACGCGAUGUGGCUGCAAUUGCGGCAGAUGGCGGGCAGCUGCGUGUCAAGGUCGCUCGCGACGCUGCACAGAUCGACGAGCCGGACGACCAAGCCGAGUCGCCCGACGGCGUGACGGCACUCACCUUUGUUCAGAGCGCCGAACACACCGUGCACCUGCUCAUUGCAACUGUCUCCAAGGUGCUACGGUACACGGUCCUCGGUGCAGGCGCAGGAGGCGCGCCGGCCGUCGUCGACACGAUUGGAUGUGCGCCGGGAUGUGCUGUCCCGUUCCUCGCGUGUGCCGGCGAAGCGCUCGACCAUAUUCCUCUCGAGAGCGGCCCUGGGGGCGUGGCUGCCGCUCAGGCCGCAGCGGCCGACCUGUCCUACAAACUUGUUCUCGCGCGUGACGAAGCCAUCUACGUUGUCGGCACCGAAGGGCGCGAGGCGUCCAUCGCGCUCGAAGGCCCCAAGAUGCGUUUGCACCGCCUGCACGGCCAGCUGGUCGUGCUCUCUGCCCCCACCAAGCACGGGAUGGGCAUCGACCGGCCCGUGCACUUUGAGGGCGUUGCCUCGUCGCACUCAGCGUCGCCUGUGCAGCUCACGGUCUUUGACCUCGAUACCAAGAGCGUGACGUACACCGCCAUCUUUACUGCAGGCGUCGAAUGGAUAUGGACGAGCAACAGCGACGUGCUUCCGUUUGGUACCGACCCUGCGGAAUUUGUCGCGAUCCUUACGAGCCAAGGCCAGCUCUUUCGGCUGGAAGAGCGCUCGCUUAAGGACAAGCUCGAGCAGCUCUUCCGUGCACACCUCUAUCUGCUUGCGGUGCAGUUCAUGCGGGCGCGUGCGACCCGUUUCCCGGGCGCGCGCCUCCCGAUGCUUCCGCCCAGCGCGGUAAUCAUUCCGCCCCGCCCCCAGGACCGCCGCGUCGUCGCGCCGAUCGACAUGCUGAUCGCCGACAUUUUCCGGCGGUACGGCGAUCACCUCUACGCGAAAGGCGACUUUGAGGGCGCCAUGCUGCAGUUUAUCAAGACGAUCGGCGUCGUGUCGCCCAGCUACAUUAUCCGCAAAUUCCUCGACGCACAGCGCCUGCAGUUCCUCACCAAAUACCUGCAGACGCUGCAUACGCGCGGCCUUGCGAAUGCGGAUCAUACCACCCUGCUUCUCAACUGCUAUACCAAGCUGCACGAUACCGACGCGCUCGACCGCUUCAUCCAUGUGCCACACACGCGCUCCGCCGAGGGGGCCCAGGCGCCCGAACGCGAUGCGCUGCCGUUUGACGUGCAUGUCGCCAUCUCGGUGUGCCGUCGCGGAGGAUGCACGGCGCAAGCCGCCUACCUCGCCAAGACGUACGAGCACCACGACGAAUACCUCGAUAUCCAGCUGCGGGACGAGCACAAUGCGGCCGAGGCUAUCCAGUAUCUCGCCGCGCUGCCGCCUGCGCUGGCCGAGCUCUAUGCGCAACAAUACGCUCAUAUCCUCCUCGAUGCUGCGCCGGAUGAGACGACGGCGCUGCUGAUCGACCUCUACACCCGCCCGAUUACCCAGCAAGGCACGUCGCAAGUCCCGUCGCCCGCGCCUGUCUUUUCGCACUUUAUCGGGCAUGAGGCGAUGCUGACGCGCUUCUGCGAGGCUCUGGCAUCGCGGCGCUGGGGCAAAGAAGUGCUGGACCAGCCCAGCCGCCCUGAGCAGAUUGCAGAUACAGAGGCGCCGGAGCCCGACGAGGCGCUUGUCUUUGAUACGCUUCUGGAGCUGUACCUGACCUCUGCGCGCGCGCCGAACAAGGCGCUAUAUCUCCUCUACCACCCCGGCCUCUUUCCCUACACAGUUGAGCACGCGCUGGUCCUCUGCACCACCGAGCAGUGCACGCCCGGUAUCAUCUACCUGUACGAGCGCCUAGAGAUGGUGGACGCAGUGGUUCAGCACUGGAUGGAUGCCAGCAAAAAUGGCGACGAGGACGCGUCGUCGGCGCUCGUCGCGACGCUCGAUACGUUUGGGCAUGCACACCCUCACCUGUACAUUUCUGUGCUGCAGUUCCUUGCGUCCUCGUCAGAGAUCCUGGCGCGGCACCGUACCGACUUUGCGCGGAUGCUGCAAUACAUUGACGAGAAUGGCCUGCUGAGCCCCCUCGAGGUCGUGCAGCUCGUGUCGGCAUCGGGCGCGGUCGAGCUUGGCGUUGUAUCUGACUAUCUCUUGCGCCACGUCCGCGACGAGCGUGCCGAGAUGGACGGUAUCCACAAGCUCAUUCGCUCGUACGAAACUGAGAUUGCUACCAAAGAGACGGAGCUCGCGAAGCUCUCUACCGACGCGAACCCCGUCGUGUUCCAAAACAACGAGUGCGGCAUGUGCCGCGGUGCGCUGGCGCUGCCGAGCGUGCACUUUAUGUGCAAGCACAGCUUCCACCUGCGGUGUCUGCCCGAAGGCGAAGAGGCGCGCGAGUGCCCGAUCUGCGCGCAAGCGCACGACACGCUCCGCGAUCUGCAGCAAAGCAAUGCGCUGCUGAGCGACUACGACCUUGUCCUGAGCGAGGUGCACGCGGCUGACGACGGUUUCGAUGUCAUUGCAGACCUCUUUUCCAAGCAGCUUCUGGGUGCGUCGCGAUAG